AUGACAUACGAAGCAAACAAAAUUCUACUUGACUGCUGUGGACUCUCGCAUAUUGAAGACGUUAUUGUUAAUCAGCAGGAUUCAAAUCGCCACAAGAAAUCCUUACCCAUAUCAGCAGCAGCUUGCCAGCUUUUCAUUACGAAACUCAACAUACGACUCGGUGUCAUGGAAAAGCUCUACUGUGACGUAUCUGCCGGGCCCAUAUACGAGGCAGCUAUGCGCAUCAGACCCGGCAUUACCAAAAUCUUCACUGGUCUUUCUAAUGCUAUAACCGUUGCUUCUGAGCCCAGCAAAAGCUUUUACGAAAAUCAUAUAGACCUUGCAGAAUAUGCUCAAGACUCUAUCGAGGCUAUGCACCCCUGGUUUCGCUGGACGGCCUGGCUAAAUUUCCGACUUCGGGAGGUUUAUUACUCCAUUGGUGUACUGGAACAAGACUCUAACGAAGAGAUCCUACAACGAACAUGCGCUGCACUUUAUCAGAAUAACCGCUACGGCACUGAGUGGUUUGUCAUUUUUGGCGCUGCUAUCUGCGGUGUCAGUGCAGGCUUAUACUGGGCUGCAGAGGGUGCCAUCAUCCUCUCAUAUCCCGAGCAUGCAAAGCGAGGCCGCUAUCUGGCGCUUUGGCUUGGUUUCAAAAAUAGCGGGCAACUCAUCGGUGGUGCCAUUAAUCUCGGUCUGAAUGCCAAUCGUUCAGAAGGUGGCAAGGUGUCUUAUGUGACUAUCCUUGUCUUUGUCUGUCUUCAAGUUCUCUCUUUUCCGGUUGCUUUUUUACUCGCACCUCCGGAUAAGACACAGCGACCUGAUGGCACGCAUAUCAUUGUAGAGGCCAAGACCCCAGCUAAGGAGCAGCUUCGGUUGCUAUGGAAAACGAUCACGACACGCCAAAUUGGACUAUUGCUGCCUAUCUUCUUUUCCAGCUGGUUCUAUUGGGGUUACGCUUCGACUUACCUCACCUUAUACUUUACUGUUCGAGCUCGAGCUUUGGCUUCGUUUUUAUCAGCUAUUACCGGCACUCUUGCAUGCAUACUAUUCGGCAUUUUCCUUGACACUAGCAAGAUCACAGUCAAGUCUCGCAUACGUUACGGGUUUAUCUUCUCCGCUGGCCUCUUUACGCUCCUUUGGAUCUGGGUGCUCAUCGUCCAGCACGGCUUCGAACAGAGGCGCCCCGACUACAUCGACUGGACGUCACCAAGAUUCGGUCGAGCAUUUGGCAUUUAUAUAAUGCUGCAGACGAGUGGAAACAUGGUGCAGAACUAUCUGUACUUCCUCAUUGGUACCAUUGGUGAUGGAACCCUGGAGCUAAGCCGAUCCACGGGCUUGUUGCGCGGUGUGGAAAGCUGGGGACAGUGUGCAGCGUUUGGCAUUAACAGCAGAAAAUUCUCGCCUUUUUAUACAACAGUUAUCAAUGUCGUUUUCUGGACGCUCAGCUUGUUUCCAGCUUUUUUAACGGUUUGGAAGGUUGAAGGUCGUGUUGAUUAUGAAAACGAGUCCUACAACCCUGCUAAUAAGAACAAUGGUUUACCCGAAAACACAAUUGAGAAAGGAGAUGGUAUUGAGAACCCUGCAAACAAGGCAUAG